GGUAUGUGAUUGCUUGAGUAAUGAUUACUGCUUUAUAAAUCCAACCAUAAUUACACGUCCAGACAUUUACUCUUGCCAUCCCAAAUCUCAUCCUGUUUGAAGAAAAGUACCACAAUUUAGAAAUGAUGCGGUUUGGGACGGAGACUGAGUGAUGCAUCUCCAUAUGCUUGUUUUACUUAUAGGACACGUCCUAAGCAUAGAUAAGCAUAUAUUGAUGCUGCAGUCCUUUCUGCAAUCCGUUAAUUGCCAUAGGUGAUCUAAGUAGUCUAAGUUUUGGUAUACAGUAUAGCAUGCGGUAGUGUUGUAUGGGCUUUGAAAGGAGCAUUGAAGGUCUCACACACAGGUGUGCGGUCACGGUGGUCUCUAUGUCGUUACAGUGUGCUUUCGGAUGGUACGAGCGUAGUCAUUCCCCUUCACUUUUAGCUCGCUGUGCUAGAGGGGGAGUGGGGUCAGCCUUGUCUAGCAAAUGAGAAAACGAAAAAGCGGGGAGUCCGACGGGGGACAUUUACGUCAACCACGCCAUGUGGGCGUGAAGCACCAGAGUGUGAGAGUAAGAGAGAGAGAGAGAGAGAGAGAGAGAGAGAGAGAGAUUACCGCACUCCUUUAACGGGGUGCACCAUUUCACUCCGCUCCACUGUGCGCGUAAAAAAGGCAACGGGCACCAAAAAAAAGAGAGAUAAGAGACGGAGAGUAAGAAAUCUAGAGAGAAACAGAAAGAGAGAGAGUCCUUGAAUUGCCACCCGAAGAAAUCGGCUAUGUCCAGCGCUCAGUUUUUGCAAUCUUUUUCUUGUACAACUAUCUAAAGGGUGGCACAAUCUCAUGGUUUUACCUCCCGUAGGAUGGGAUUAACUCUGUCCGGAAGAUACAUCUCACUGGUGCUGGCUGUUCAAAUAGCAUAUUUGCUCCAGACGGUUGGAGCGGCGGGGAAAUGUGACACCGUGUUUAAGGGCUUCUCAAACUGCCUGCUUCAGCUGGGAGAGAACAUGGCCAGCUAUCCACAGGAGCUGGACGAGAAGGAGAACCUGCAAACCAUCUGCACAUAUUGGGACGACUUCCACUCGUGUGCCACCACAGCACUGGCGGACUGCCAGGAAGGAGCUACGGAGCUGUGGGAGAAACUUAAGAAGGAGUCCAGAAACCUGGAGUUUAAAGGCAGUUUGUUUGAACUGUGCGGUGACGGAAACGACGCGAGCAGACCAUCAUCCUCUCCACCAGGGUUCACCCUGCUGCUCAGCUCCUUCUCCGCCCUGCUCACAUGGAUCCAGUUCUAGCGCCCAAAACCAAACCGAGAAGAUCCACACAAAGACAUUUUUAGCUCACAUGAAAAGAAAAAUACGGGAAACCUUGGGUGGGGGGGUGGGGAGAAGAAACCAACAAACGAGUGCUCUAUCACAACGACCAUACGAAGAUAAAUAAAUAAUAGUUUUAAAAAAAUAUAUGAUCAGAAAUCAUCUUCAGCCAAAAUGGAUUUAUUACAGCGCUUCAUCUGGAGAAGACGACUUGAUUUUGCUGUAGACAUUAAGGCAAUAAGGCGUCUUCAGGGAAUGCUCCAUCUGCCUGACCUGGGAGUCCACUACAUCAAAUAUUUAACAGAUGUCGAUUGAAAAUCACGGUCAUUUUUUUGAUGAUCAAUUUGUGGAAUUACAUUAACGCCUGCAAAGAAGUAAUUAUUGCUGUAGGCUUGAUAAUCUAAUCUAUCAUGCAUUGAGAAAUAAAUAUCCUGACAUACACACACACACACACACACACACACACACACACACACGAGCCAAAUUACACUCAGCGUCUCUGUUUCCUCUGAAAGGAGGUGUUCUGUUUUUGUCAAAUCUUUGGAUUAUUUUUAGUUGCCAAAUUUCUAACGCCACGAUAACGUUGUUGUAAUGGAGAAAUAGCCUGUGUGAUGUUUUGACCUGUAAACAGCGCUGGAUCACCACAGCAGAAAGAAGAUAUGUGGGGAAAAAAACAAUCCAAUAAUUGAAUUAUCAUCUCUAAUAAUGGUAGAAUGAUAAUAACACCACUAAUAAUAAACCUCAGGAAUGAUUUUAGGCAUUUAAAAUGGAUAGUUUAAUCAAACAGGCUAAUGCGGCUAACAGUGAAUGAAAGCUAGUAAGCUUAUGUGCCAAUUAUCAUUAAUGUAGCUUAUUUACAUAAUGCUAAUUGGUGGCUAUUCGCUUUUAUACACUGUUGGCAUGUUUUGACGGAAUUGUUCUUUAAUCGAUUGUAGAUUGUAUGUUCUAUAAAAGGAGAAAAUUGGGGGAGAUGUUAAAUAUGUCAAAUGUAGCGAGAAAAAAAAAAUGGUGAAAUUAUUUAUUUAUUUACAAAAUUUAUUUAGGGGGAGGGACAUUUAGGUUAUGAUAAAUAGUAGAGAACUAAGUGAUACGCCCAAAACCGCAUACCACCGUACUAUAUAUAUAUAUAUAGCCUAUAUGAGAUAUAUUUUUCUUAAGCUGCAUAAUUGAAUGUUCUGACGUCAUACUACAUGUAGAUUACGUAUAGGUUACAUUCGGGAUACUUUUGUCAGGUUUAAGAUUAGCAUUCGAAGUGGUGAAUAUUAAGUUUUUCUUUAUUUCCUUUUCUUUUAUUUGUGUUUUAUUUCAUUUUAUUUUAUUUUUACACAAGUAUGUGUUUUGAAAUGAAAAAAAAAAAAAGGCCAGCAUGUCAAACCAGUGCACCACUGCGUAGGUUAUUAUUUCACGCAUGCGCAGUACUAAAGCAAAAUCCCGUGUAGUACAGUAGUAUGCAGUUUUGGCCGUAGGCUAACGUAGCACGAUAUCAUUGAGGAUGAGAUUUUACCGGCUGGAUGAACUGGAUAACGUGAAGUUAGCAAGCUGUAGGCUGCUAUCUGAUGUUGCCAAGGCAUCUUGUUUCACUGCCUUCAGAAAAACGUAUAUUUUAUUUGUUUGUUCGUUCGUUCGU